GCUCACUGUCCAAGGAAUUAAACGAUAGUUAUCGCUUGUGGAUGAAGAAGCAACGGUAGCGGAUAGCUACCAAACACCCCGGCCAUAUUAUGCGUCUGUAAAAUGCAAAUAAAAUCAAAUGUAUCCAUAAAGCACAUUUAAUAACAAGGCAAUGGGGGAUCUUGUUACGAGCCUCUGUUUGAUAGCUCGAAGUGGUUAUGAUAACACAGUCAUUUUGAUUGUAGGCUACUGGUCUGCAGCGAUCGGGGACGCACCGCGCGGUGGGCGGGAUUUCAUCCAGCAGGAAGGAGUGCUUCACAAACACACAGCUGCUGAAACCACGGACGGACCGAUGGCCCGCGGACAUGAACUGUAACCCGUGGCAGUGCCCUGGUCUGCAGAACGGGCGUCUGGAAACUACCUUCUAGCUUUUGAUACUCAAAACAAGCAUCUUGUUCGUCGAUUUGUUAGUCGGUGUCUGGGAGAAGGUUUUUCAACGCCUCCAAAAAUGUGGAUAUCUCCGGAGGAGGUGUUGCUUGCCAACGCUCUCUGGGUGAGCGAAAGAGCAAACCCGUUUUUUAUUCUCCAGCGGCGAAAGGGCCAUGGAAAAGGCGGUGGCAUCACUGGCUUGUUGGUGGGCACCCUGGACGUGGUCCUGGACUCUAGCGCCAGGGUGGCUCCCUACAGGAUCCUCCACCAGACUGGAGAGUCUCAGCUGUUCUGGAGCAUUGCUUGCGGCUCCUCUAGAAAGGAGAUAACUGAACACUGGGAGUGGCUGGAGGCUAACCUGCUCCAGACUCUCUCCAUCUUCGACAACGAUGAGGACAUCACUACGUUUGUCAAGGGGAAGAUCCAGGGCAUCAUCGCUGAGGAAAACAAGAGCAAGCUGGCCCAGGAGGAUGAGGACUCUGGGAAGUUCCGCGAGGCUGAGGUGAAGAUGCGGAGGCUGUUUGGGAUGCCGGACGAGGAGAAGCUGGUGAACUACUACUCCUGCAGCUACUGGAAGGGCCGCGUGCCGCGCCAGGGCUGGGCCUACCUCAGCGUCAACCAUCUCUGCUUCUACUCCUUCCUGCUGGGGAAAGAAGUCACCCUGGUGGUCCAGUGGACCGAUGUGACCCAGCUGGAGAAGAACGCCACCCUGCUGUUCCCGGAGAGCGUGCGUGUGAGCACUCGCACCACAGAGCAUUACUUCUCCAUGUUCCUCAACAUCAACGACACCUUCAAACUCAUGGAGCAGCUGGCCAACAUCGCCAUGCGGCAGCUCCUCGACAACGAGGGCUUUGCCGCUGAUCACUCACUGCCCAAACCCUGCAAGACACUGAAGAACGUGUCAGCGCUCAAGAGGGACCUGGACGCCAGGGCUAAGAACGAGAGGUACCGGGCUCUGUUCCGGCUCACCCCAGAGGAGCGUCUGGACGGGCACACAGACUGCACCCUGUGGACUCCCUUCGCUAAGAUGCACAUCGUGGGCCAGCUGUUUGUCUCCAACAACUACAUCUGUUUCACUAGCCGAGAGGAAGACCUCUGUCAGCUCAUCAUACCGCUACGAGAGGUGUCCAUAGUGGAGAAGGCUGAUAGCAGCAGUGUGCUGCCAUGUCCUGUCUCCAUCAGCACUAAGAGCAAGAUGACCUUCCUGUUUGCUAACCUCAGAGACCGGGACUUCCUGGUCCAGCGCAUCUCUGACUUCCUGCAGCGCACCCCCGACAACCUUUGGAGCGAUGCCAGGGAUCUGACUGGUCACUCGGCGUCCUCCAGCCCCGGCACCUCGCUCCCCUCCAGCCCCCCCUCGUCUGGGGCGGGGGGGCCCCAGGGGCGCCACUACUCCGCCAGCCUGCCCACGGCCUCCCAGGGCCUCCUGCGAAUCUACCAGAAAGACGCUCCUGAAGACCUGGGGCCCAAAGCUACCAAGGAGAAGAUGAAGGAGGAGUCAUGGAACAUCCACUUCUUUGAAUUUGGCCGUGGCGUGUGUAUGUACCGUACGUCCAAGACCAGAGAGCUGGUGCUCAACGGCAUCCCAGAAACCCUGCGAGGAGAGCUCUGGAUGCUCUUCUCAGGAGCCCAGAAUGAGAUGGCGACCCACCCAGGUUACUAUGGUGAGCUGGUGGAGCAGGCGAUGGGUCUGUGCACCCUGGCCACAGAGGAGAUAGAGAGGGACCUGCACCGCUCCAUGCCUGAGCACCACGCCUUCCAGAACGAGACGGGCAUCGCUGCGCUGCGUCGCGUCCUCACCGCCUACGCCUGCCGCAACCCCGGCAUCGGCUACUGCCAGGCCAUGAACAUCGUGACCUCGGUUCUGCUGCUCUACUGUACGGAGGAGGAGGCCUUCUGGCUGCUGGUGGCUCUGUGUGAGAGGAUGCUGCCUGACUACUACAACACCAGGGUCGUAGGAGCGCUGGUGGACCAGGGUGUGUUUGAGGAGCUGACUAAAGAGUGCCUCCCCCUGCUGUACGAGCACAUGCAGGACCUGGGGGUGAUCUCUACCAUCUCCCUGUCCUGGUUCCUCACCCUCUUCCUGUCCGUCAUGCCCUUCGACAGCGCCGCCGUGGUGGUGGACUGCUUCUUCUAUGAGGGCAUCAAGGUGAUCUUUCAGGUGGCCCUGGCUGUGCUGCACGCCAACAUGGACCAUCUGCUGAGCUGCUCUGACGAGGGCGAAGCCAUGACCAUACUGGGCAGGUACCUGGAUAACGUGGUGAACAAACAGACUGUGUCUCCCCCCAUCCCUCACCUCCACGCCCUACUGACCAGCGGGGACCAGCCCCCCCCGGAGAUCGACGUGUUUGAGCUCGUCAAGGCCUCUUACGAGAAGUUUGGGAGCCUGCGUGCUGAUGUAAUCGAGCAGAUGAGGUUCAAGCAGAGGCUGAAGGUCAUCCACUCUCUGGAGGACACAGCCAAGAGGAGCGUGGUGAGGGCCAUUAUGACAGAGUCAGCCUUCAGCAUCGAGGAGCUGGAGGAUCUCUACGUACUCUUCAAGGCCAAGCACAUCACCAGCUGCUACUGGGGCGGCAGCAGCGAGGCGACAGAUCGCCACGACCCCAGCCUGCCCUACCUGGAGCAGUACCGUAUCGACCUGGGCCAGUUCUCCCAGCUGUUUGGCUCGCUGGCCACAUGGCCGUGUGGUGUCCACACCCCCACCCUUGCUGCACGCCUCUUCCGCCUGCUCGACCACAACAAGGACGGCCUCAUCAACUUCAAGGAGUUUGUCACCGGCCUCAGUGGCAUGUACCAUGGAGACAUGACAGAGAAGCUGAAGCUACUGUACAAGCUGCACCUGCCCCCAGCGUUGUGUCCAGAGGAGGCGGAGUCUGCCUUGGAAGCCACACAGUUCUUCACUGAUGACACACAGGAACCUACCUUCCUGUCUGAUGUGGACUUCCUGCCGCAGGAAGUGACCCCAGGGGACGAAGUGAAGGAAGGGGGAGAUGCGAAGGGGGAGGCAGACGAGAAGAAGGAGGACAAGGUGAAGGACUACAAGUAUUACCUGAGGAUGUGGGCCAAGGAGAAGGAGCCCAAGAAGGAGACCAUUAAAGACCUACCCAGGAUGAACCAGGAGCAGUUCAUAGAGCUGUGUAAGACUCUCUACAACAUGUUCAGUGAGGAUCCUCUGGAGCAGGAGCUUUACCACGCCAUCGCCACCGUCGCCAGCCUGCUGCUGCGCAUCGGAGAGGUGGGCAAGAAGUUCACCAACAAUGGUGCCAAGAAGCUCGACGCCACCAGCGCCCUGGCGGUCGUCCCUCCAGGCCCCCUGGCCACCGACCCGCUCCUGCCCGCCCAGGAGGACUCCAACGGGGAGGGUGGAUCAGGACAGUCCCAGGUCUGCAGGGCCCUGGCGGAGGCCCAGCUGGAGACUCCUCCGCAGCAGACAUCAGACGAGGACGUGAAGGAUGACACCUCGGUGUCGUCCUACUCCAUGGUGAGUGGUGGCUCGCUGCAGUGCGAGGACAUCGCCGACGACACCGUCCUGAUUGGCUGCGGGGACCAGCGACGGGGAAGCUCUCUGGAUGGCGAUUGGUCCAUCACCUUCGAGCAGGUGCUGGCCUCCAUGCUAACCGAGCCUCCGCUCGUGAACUACUUUGAGAAGAAAGGUGACAUCAGAGCCAACAUGGUGUCCUGUAGGGCUCAGAGGGGCGUGGAGAGGCAGAUGAGCUCCUCCAGCGACCAUGAGCUGGCUCAUCACUCCGUCUGAGAAACACAGAAGGUUCUGGAAACAUUGUCGCCCUCCAUCCCCCCGGACCCCCUGACUGUCAUCAGGCACUCUGUCACUUGUUGCUUCUGGGGCUUUCAUCCCUCACGUCAUAACGAGCUCUGGGCCUGGAUCUCCCCUUGCUGUCCUUUUUAUUUUCCAAAACCAGAUGUAUCUAUCUAUAGGACCUAUAUUACUACUUUACUACCAGAUGUAUCUAUCUAUAGGACCUAUAUUACUACUUUGAACCCACAUAGGAACAAGUGUCAGAUUACUUUUCAGAAAAGCCACUCUUAAUUAUUAUAAUAAUACUACACAGGCUUUGUUUUGGUUAGGACUUCAACUACGAGGUUUGUGCAGGAUAUCAGGAUGAAAGGGAUGGUCACCCCAAAAUACAAAAAUAUAUAUAUACUUUUAUGUAUAAAUGUAAUUUUGAUUUUGGGGUAAACUGUCCCUUUUAAAAUGUCUAUUUUCAGGGUGCCCUUUCAGAUUACUUCUCAACCUUCAUUUGAACCCAAAUCUCAACUGUGGAAGAUGGCCUUUAUUGUGAGUCAAACCUUUAAGGGGAAAAUUCACAACAGUCUCAACUAAAGAAAUAAACGGAAGAAUUGCCUUAAAAUAGAAGCAUUAUGUUACCUUGGAUGUUAGAUGUAGAUUGAAAAUGUCAGUUUGGUUUUCUGAGGGACAAAGCCAAGGGUUAUCUGGCCAGUACUUUUAAUAUCACAUUUAAGCAGUUGGUUAUCAAAACUACCUCUUAGUGUGCAUGUAGGCCUGCUGUUGUUGUAGUACAGUAACACUGGUGUGGUUUAGGAGACUGUCUCAUCACCCUACCCUUACGCUCACUAAAACGCCCACCCUUUAUUGAACACCACAAUUCUCUCUUCGCCCAGAUCUAAGUGGAUUAUUUCAAGUUUAUUAAAUAAUAUUUCAAAGUUAAAGAGAGAGAGGUGUUUUUUACGCUCUGUGAACUUGGCUUGAUGUUUAACAACUUAUAGGCCAUCAGGGUAUCCAUCAGUGUUUUAAAUGUCUCAUUUGACCCAUCAUCCUUCAUACAGAUAUUAUGUUUAAGUCAGUUAGGACGCCCUUGCUGGCGUUUGUGUACAUAUUAUAUUUUCUAAAACAUUUAGGUGUUUAACACCGAUAUGUGGAGUCAUUUAAAAGCUUUUUGUAUUCUGCGUACAUAUCAUGAGCUUUACAGUGCCGCUUGAUAUCAUAGUCCUGAUGCUGUUGGUGAAGAACUAAAUAUGGUAGCCUGAAACUGAAUGAUUGCGGGUCUUGAGUAAACAGUGUUACUGUCUUGUACAUUUAUAACCUUGUUUUAUCAAAAAAGUACUUUAGAUCACCACAUGCGACCAUACACAUCAGCUUUGAGCAUGAUAUUUUGAAACUGUGAUAUUCUGCACAGGCACUAGAAAAUAACGCCUAGCCUUGCCCCCUCCUUAGUUGUAUUAUUUCUAGCCUAGGCAUCCCCAACUGCCAGUGGAACAUUGGCGGGUUAGGGCUAUAAAUUAAGAACGGCGGGUAAGAAUUGAAUGAGCUGGACUUGUUUACAGACCGGGCCAUGCACAGUUAACCAUCUCGGCAGGUCCGAGAUCGGUGGAAAAUGUGCUGGCUCUCCCCAGUAUUGAUCUCAGAUACUCAUUUCCAAGACAACUGCUGUCAGAAUUGCGUUAAUUAGCCAGGGCUUCAACUGUAAUACAAUAGGAUGGUUUACACAGCCACGCAUUAUAUGGAAACGUCAAUGUUUGCCCAAGAAAUAAGCUGGAACCAUAGAAAUAUAGGCUACCAUACCAAGUAUAUAAGCACUUUUUAAGAAUAGUUUUAUACCCAAGUAAAAUUUGGCAUGGUGUUAUUUUUUGUUACAACACCAAAGUCCCAGGUCAUUAACCGUUUAUUAAUUGUUUGCUUAUCAAAACAGGCACGGAACUAUCACAUUUCCCGCUUUGCAACUGGCUAUAUUUCUGAUAGGCCUAUUUAAUGACGACCCUAAUGAACCUGACUAAUGUAUGUGUUUACUUAUUUAGCUCUACUUGCUAAAUGUGAACAGGAUAUUGGACUGAUUAUGCACAUAAGGGUUCUUGUUAAGAUCCUGGAUAUGUGGCAGUCUUUAAAUCCUAAUUGCAAACGUCUUUGCUUACUGUAUCAACCUAACACUUUAUUUAUUCACCCGUUUGCUUUUUUAAUUGUCGUUGAUCUGUACUGUACUAUACUGUGUAAUAAAUAUACAAAUAUUGAAUGAA